GUUUGGUCGACACAUUGAUCGCUGACCACAAAGUGAUGGUCUUCUCCAAGAGUUACUGUCCGUACUGUACGAAAGCCAAGAAAGUGUUGGAGAAGUACCCGAUUGUGAGCGGACAGUAUGAGGUGAUCGAGUUGGAGAACAGGGAUGAUUGCAAUCAGAUCCAGGAGUAUAUGAAACAACUGACCGGCGCCUCAUCUGUGCCCCGAGUGUUCAUCAAUGGUGUCUCUAUCGGCGGCGGUGACGAUACGGCCCGACUUGACUCCAACGGACAAUUGGGCAAAAAAUUAGAGGAAUGCCAGGCAUUGGCCCCCAGGAUAUGAAUAAGACAUUUAUGGAGACAAUUGAUGUAAACAUAAGACAUUUACAAUUAACAUUUUCUUAAAUAUAAACCAAAAACUUUUUAAUACUAAAAUUUGUCAUAAUUUCUAACCAUUUAUUGGUGUCAAUAAUAAGUUAUCCAAAGAAAAUCAACAAUUUCUAAAAAUAUGAAUUAUAUUUAACUUGAAUUUUAUCUAAAUAUUAAACGUUUGAAUUAAUUAUUAUACCCAAUAA